AUGAAACUCUUCACUAUCUCCAUGAUGACCAUUAUGGCCAUCUCAAUAGUGCUUGUCCAAGUACCAUCCACUACUGAAUCAAGACCAACAGACAAUCAAAAUCAUUUCAAAGUGACGUAUUUGAAUAAUUUUGUGUCCACGGUACCAGUUGCACGCAAUGUUGAUGGUCAUAAGGAAGGUAUAAUUGUUCAAGCAAAAAUAUUGAAAGAUAUUGAAGCUUUUCGCCCUACUACACCAGGGGACAGUCCUGGCAUUGGACAUCCACAUCCACCACGGCUCAGUGAUGACUUCAAAUAG